AUGAACAUUGUUCAUGUAAUCGAAUUAAUAGAAGCUGAUUUUCAUUCAAUUUCAUAUACAUUAGCAAGAAAUCGUACUAUUGUUGUUCAAUAUACACAUGAUGAAAAUUCAGAUAUGUUUCAAAUUGGUCGAUCAUCGGAAAGUCAAAUUGAUUGUGUUGUUAUGGAUACAGUACCAGGAGCAAAAACAUUCGAUGAAUUAAAUGUUGCACAAUCGACUAUCUCACGUUAUUCAUGUCGUAUUGUUAUAUCUCGUCAUCCACCAUAUACAGCUCGUAUAUAUGCUGCUGGUUUUGAUAAUUCAAAAAAUAUUUUUCUUGGAGAAAAAUCAAUAAAAUGGAAAAAUAGUCGUAAUGAAAUGGAUGGUGUUACAACAAAUGGUAUUCUAGUAAUGCAUAUUGAUGGAGAGGAAUUUAAUUCAAAUUCUAAGCCAACUAAAUGGAAAGAAGUAUCAGUUGGUGGAAAUAUAUUUGAUUUAGGUGAAGGACGACUUAAAUUUAAUUAUCAAGCAGUAUCACCUUCGGAAACAGAUAAUAUUCUAAAAGAUGGAACAGUUAUUGAUUUAUGUGGAGCAACAUUACUUUGGCGAUCAGUUGAAGGUCUUGAACAUACACCUACUCGUCGUUUUCUUGAAAGUGAAUUAGAUGAACUUAAUUCAAAAAAACCUCAAUGUCCCGUUGGUUUACAUACAUUAGUUAUAAAAAGUCAACCAUUUUCAUCUUUAUUAACAAAUUUUUCUAAUCCAUAUGUUUAUGUUUUAUGUGGACAUGUUCAUGGUAAUCAUCAAUGGGGUGUUAGAAAUAAUAACACACAAUCACGUGAAUGUCCACUUUGUCGAACAGUUGGUCCAUUAAUACCAAUUAUACCUGGAUUAGAAUCAGCAUUUUAUGUUAAACCAAGUAGUAAUACUGAAUCGACAACAUCGCAUGCUUUUCAUCCAUGUGGACAUAUGACUUCACAAUCUACAGCGUUAUUUUGGUCAAAACUUAAAAUACCUUAUGGAACAAAAGGUUUAAAAUUAGUAUGUCCAUUUUGUUUAGUUGCAUUAUCAGAAACCAAACCAUUUGUUCGUCUAAUUUUUCAAGAUUCAAUUAAUAGACAUUGA